AAUCAUCAUUGCAUGAUAUGAUCAAGCGAUUUCAGACGGUUCCAACCGAAAGAGCUUCUCGGCCAAAUCCAAGCUCCUUGUCGGGCCUUCUCUUUUGCAAGGAUCUCACAGAGUGAGAGAGAGAGAGAGAAUUGAGUUGAUUGAUCGAUCGAUCGAACAAUCAUGUCAUUCUCAUUCUUCAAGCCCUCGUCGAGGCCGAAAACCCCACAGGAGCUCGUGAAAGCGAUCAAGGACAGCCUCCUCGCCCUCGACACCAAAACCGUGGCCGAGGUUCAAUCCCUCAAGAAGGCGUUGGAAGAAGUUGAGAAAAACUUUGUGGCGAUGAGAUUUAUGCUUUGUGGAGAUGGGGAGGUAGAACCAAAUGUUGAUCACAUUUCACAUCUGACGCUUGAAAUCUGUAACGAAGAUGUUCUUGCUCUUUUCAUUCACAAGUUACACACUCUGGGAUGGGAAGCAAGAAAAGAUUUAGUUCAUUGCUGGUCCAUAUUGUUGAAGCAAAAGGUUGACUCUGUUUUUUGCUGUGCACAAUACUUGGAGAAACAUUUAGAGUUACUAGACUAUCUUGUUGUUUGCUAUGAUAACAAAGAAAUUGCCUUGAAUUGUGGAAAUAUGUUAAGGGAAUGCAUCAAAUUACCUACUCUUGCAAAAUAUAUAUUGGAGUCUCCAAGCUUUGAGUUAUUUUUCAAAUAUGUGGAGUUGCCUAACUUUGAUGUUGCCUCUGAUGCAUUUUCUACUUUUAAGGAUCUUCUCACCAAACAUGAAACUGCAGUCUCUGAAUUCUUGACUACACAUUAUGAUGAGUUCUUCGAGCACUAUGAAAAACUCUUGACCUCCUCUAACUAUGUGACAAGAAGACAAUCUUUGAAGCUUUUAUCGGAAUUCCUUUUGGAGUCACCAAAUUCUCAAAUAAUGAGGCGCUACAUUGUUGAAGUCCGAUACUUGAAAGUCAUGAUGACAUUACUGAAGGAUUCAAGCAAAAACAUUCAAAUCUCUGCUUUCCACAUAUUUAAGGUUUUUGUGGCCAACCCUAACAAACCUCAAGAUAUAAAAGUUAUCCUCGCUAAAAAUCAUGAAAAACUGCUUGCCUUGCUUCGGGAUCUCUCUCCGGGAAAAGGUGACGAUGAUCAAUUUGAAGAGGAAAAGGAACUUAUCAUGAAGGAAAUUGAAAGAGUAUAUCGGAUCACAAGCCUUGAGGAAUAGGAAAAAUGGGCGAAGCAAAAAAACAAGCAAAAUCCCCAAUCGCCCCUUUUCAGGAAAGGAAGAAGAGAAGUGAAAUAAGUUUGUGUUGGAGGCUUUUCAAACUGGCUAGAGGGAAUUUCAUGGCUUUGCACUGAUGUAAUCACUACAACUGUAAUCCCCAAACUGUGGGGUCUGAAAGGGCAGAUUUAGUUGUUUUCAAUUACGAAGCCAGUUGUUAAUAAUGUUUGUUGAGUUAUAUAGACUUCACUUUCUUGUUC